AUGGCUGAAGGAAGCACUAAUGCAUCCAAUGAAGAUUCUGGUCAUGCAUAUGGAAUCAUGUUUGGACCUGCAGGUAUGCCUAGGCCUGGGUCUAGAGAUGCAUUUGAAAUCUUUGAUGGGAGAUAUGAUGAAGUGAAAUCAUUCCUUAAAGUUAUAGAUCAAUUAUAUGCAAAAUACAGAAUCACAUCUGCAGCUGAUAAGGUUUCAUUGGUUUUGGAUUACUGUGCACCUGCAGUUAAAAACUACAUCAAAGUUACCGAGGAAUUUACUGCUAAUAAUUGGGAAAAGCUCAAGGACAAUCUACUCAGAGCUUAUGAUGCAGAACAACAAGAACCCAUUUAUGACAUGACAAAAAUUCACUGUGCAGCAGAAUGCCAAUCUGAGAGACCUAUCACCAACUUAAAGCAGUGGAAAAAGUAUGUUGUCAAGUAUACUACCCGAGCAGGACAGUUGUUAAAGAAAGGAAGGAUGGAGGCCAAGGAUCAUGACCGCACUCAACCUUACAAGGUUCAGGAUGUAAUCAAGGUUGCAGAACAGCAUUUCAAGCAAGAUCAAUUCAUGAAUCAGAAUCUGAAAGGCAUUCUUGACGCAAGUGAAGUUCAAACCGCAAGGCUAGUUGCAAAAGGAAAGAUCCUUACAAAAAGAAAUAUGAACGUCUCCGAAAAGAAGAAAAGGAAAGGAAAGAAGCUAAGCAAGAAACUUCUACCAAGCAAGCCACAAAUUUGCCUAAAAGUGAAAUGGAUCACUUGGUUGAAAGUUUAA